CUCCAAACCUUUUUUCUCUCUCCCUCUGUAUUUGUUUUCCGUUUGUCGAAUUUGUCUUUUUUUCCUGUUACUAGGUUUUGUUUAGACUAAAUUGUUUUCUAUUUUCCUUUUUUUCUUUUAUAUUUGCGCCCGACCUGUCCAACACCAUCGGCAGGAGCAACAGCAACAGUCGAAUUAGGCUUCACUUUUUUAUUACAUUAUUUCAUUAUUACUGCACCUGGUAUUCGCAAUUCCACAGGCCAAACAUUAGACAUUCGCCGUCAGUUUUCCCAAUCAUGGACGCACUGGACGCUUACAUAAAUGAGUGCAUGGCAGAGGGCAGAGAGGUCAAAGCCGACUUACUUGUGGAGCGCCUGCUGUCUGUGUGCGAAGAGGGCGAAUACAAAGAAUUUACCGCUGAGCGCUUUAAAGUAGUGAAAUUAUUCCUUGGUCAAUUAGGCAAAGCCACUAUUACUGUUGGCCAGGCGCUGGAGAUUCUUGAAAAGGUUUGUUUGCGCAAUAGCGAUUCUAUUCCACAGAGGACAAACGGUGUUUUGCACACGAGCUCAGACGCCGAAGCCGAGAAUUCCAAUGCCCAGGUGGUGCCAGUGUCGUCCGAAGGCGGGAGCACUGCGGCCGGAGAAAACCCAUUUGAUCGUCGCCAGCGCACGCACAGGCCACUGACCAGUUAUGGGAUGACUGGCUCUGCCGCCGAGGGCUCCAAACUGCGGAUGCGCAACAUCUCUUCGAUGAAUGACGCUCAGUACGACGCGUUGUCCAACAGCAUUUCCCCUCACCUAGCUGAAGAGAUUGUCAAGCAUGCCGAACAGAAAGGACUCAGCCCGUCGCGCAUGUCGCAAGCGUUCGCAGUCACUGAGCCCUCCCAGGACACGCAUCAUAUAGUCUCUGACUCGGAUACCAGCGGAAUGGCAACGCCCCAGGUUUCCCGCAAGGCGCUCCACCACCAGCUCCAUUCGGGGUCGGGCACUUCGCCAACCAAAUUCAUAUAUAGCAUCCCCGAGUCCUCUGAAGUUUUGUUCGUCGACGAAAAAGCGACUACGCCCAGCGCAGGGUCGCCCGUGCGCACCCCAGUCUCGCCCAUGCGCCCUCCGGUCUCGAAUGAGAUUUAUAUCAAAGUCACAGACGAUCUGAUGGCCAAAAACCAGGACUUGCAGAAGAAGCUGAAAGAUCGGGACAUGCGCAUGGAGUCUGUCCAGGCCCACAGCGAAUCCACAAUUUACGAUCUUCAGCGCAAGCUCGACGAGACCAGCGCAGAAAUGAACACGAAGCGGCGUGAAAUCGAAAAGCUCCGGGCCUCCGAAAGGAACUAUGCCAACCGGUUGAAGCGAGCCGAGACCGAAGUUGAGAAUGCCGCAGUCCGGCUGUCUAACUCGAUGGCACAGGUGAACGAGCACAAGCAGAAGAGCGAGAAAAACUUGGCGGAGAUUGCAGCACAAAAGGCAAAGCUGGAAAAGCUUAUAUCCGAUAACGACAUCCUCAAAGGCAAUCUGAACUUGGCCAGCCAGCAGCUGGAACAGGCAAAUGAGGUCGGAGACGGCUUGGUACUGCAGAUCAGGGAGCUGCAGUACAAGCUUGCUGCGGCUCAGGAGGAAAGCGAUGCCGCCGCUAAUACCGAGCGCGAGAACAAAAACCUCAAGGAGGAAAUCAAAGGCUUGCACGCCGAGCUGAAAGAGCAGCGCUUGAAACCGGAUCGUGUGGCGCCAGCUGGCGAGCACGGCCAGGGCAUGCCCCAGGUGGCCAGCGUCAGCAGCCUCCAGGAUGAGCUUCGCAACCACGGCGGCGGCGACAUGCUUGCUGUCGACGACCAGCUGACAGUGCCCAACCGGACAAGCGACAGCGCAGUGCGCGAGUGGGUUCAGCUGGCAAUGGACAAGUACACCUCCGAAGAUCUGGUUAUCAUGGGCGAUGUGUGGAGGCGUAUUGGGUACUGCGAUGACGACAGCUGUGAGGAUCCAGAGAACCUGCGUAGCAAGCUUUUGUCCGUGUUUUUGGCCCCCUGCGAGUCUGGACUGAAGGAGGCCAUCCGCGGUCUGAGAGAUCCCACGCUCACACGCAUUGUCGACACUGUCGCCGGCGAAUAUAAGGAAAAGCGUGCACCGGCGGCUGGCCGCAAGAGCAACGCUGGCAAGGGCGGCCCUGGCAUAGUGCAGUCUAUGAUGAACUCUGAGCACUCCACGACCUUCAUCUUCCUUUACUCAUUGGUUGUAUUCUGCGUGGGCAUCAUCAUUGCCAAACACUUCAGCACGCUGCCACAGUUGCCGUUGCCGGGGCAGUUUGGCGGACACAACAGCACGCUGGCUGCUGUUAUGAAGGGCGCUGGUGAUGACGGCAGCAUGAGCAUGGUGCGCCAGAUCUUGGUUGUGGACGACACGCCGGCCACCAAGUACUACACGCCGCUGGGCAAGAGGUCGUCUCGCACGCGGAUUGGCGAGAUUCUAUUUUACUGGAUGGAGACGCUGCUGUGGGAGGACUCGGAUGCCCAGGUCCCAACCUAAGUGGUGCGGACUGGUAUCGCGCCCCCGUCAUUUCUAUUUCAUAAAAAGCAUUUUCAUUCUCUCUUCUUCCCUCAUCCUCUCCUCAUCCUCGUUGUUUGAUGGUUUUCGCUGUUUAUUUCUUUACUUCCCUGCUGCCUGUGUGGCCUAAUCUUUGUUUCUUUUAUAUGUUUUUUUAUACAUUUCUGUUUCAGCACGCUCGUAACUCAUACACGCGCGUGCUCCCUUUAUUUAUAAUAAGACAUUUUUGUGAAGUUCGGCCAGCCCAGCGCAAGCAAGCAAACAUGAUGCAUUUUGUGUGGCAUGCGCUGGGCGCUUUGAAUUGAUUUGAUCAGCUUCCUGCAUUGAUUUUCAUGUCUUGAUUACUUUUCUGCAGCGCUAAAGUGGGAAUUAC